AUGAUUUUCGAAGCGCUUGUGACCCUACUUGCUGCCACUCGCACCACUGAGUUCGUUGCUCGAGUGACUGGUGUGCGCACUUUCCUUCCCGUACUCUCCGCCAAGCGGUUUAGUACCGUCGGGGGGAUCGAUGAAGCAACUUUCAUGCGGCAAAUGGAUGAGUGUAAAUCGUUCAAGGACGCUCGUUGGACGAAUUAUUGGAUUGCACUUGCCAGCGAGCAACUUCAGCUUCUCGAUAGCGAGUUGGAAAAAGCCAACCUUGAGUCCAGUCGAGCCAUCUUCGGCAGGCCGCCAAUCACACCACCUUCUCCAGCUGUAUUGACUUUCUUAAGCCAAGGCGCUGCGGCCAUGACACAAACACCACCCGGAACCCCCAUCAGCGUGGAUAUGCUUCCUCAGGACGCUUCAGAUGAGGAAAAGAGCAGCUUCAUGGCGGUGAGCGCCUUACUAAAGGCUGUUGCAUAUUUCUUCGUUGCAGCUUGGCCUGGCCAGACUCAAGCGCGGAUGAACGCAUAUUACGCUUGUGAGAGACUUUUCGAUAUUUUACUAGACGCAAUCGCGCCAACCCUCAACUUGACGGUAGAGCGAUACUUUGUACAAACGAAUGGAGAAAAAGUCAAGGUGUAUGCAUUAUUACCAGAUACCAGUUCAGCAGGUAUUGGAACUCUGGUACCCGGCGUCAUCGUUACGAAUGGACUCGAAGGAACUAAUGUCGAAACUAUGGCGACGGCAUUGCGUACACAAGCGGUACUUUCAAGCGCCUGGUUCUUUAUGGAGAUGCCGGGAACAUACGCUUACAAACAGCCAAUGAGAAGCGCUUCAUCUGAGCAAGUUUACCGUGAUGUGUUGAGCUUCGUGGCUUCACAUAAAUCCGUCGACGAAUCGCGUCUCGGCAUGAUCGGUAUCAGUUUUGGGGGAAAUUGCGCGACUCGGAUGGCUAUAGCAGACAAGCGGCUCAAGGCCGUAGUCAUAAAUGGGGCACCCUUGACUCGAUCACUAAGCCCAACGGGAUCAUUCGGGAUGCCUGAAAUAGUCGUCCGAGCACUCUUCAGCGUCUUUGGAGCGAAGUCCUUGCAAGACCUCAAGAGCAGCCUCCAUGCUCUUAUUCCCUCACGAGCCGACAUCGAGCGCAUUCAUUGUCCCGUACUUGCGAUCAACGGUAAACAGGAUACUUUGAUAUCAACUCAGGACACGAUUGAUCUUGCAGCUUGGGCCCCCAACUCCGAGCUUUAUUUAUACCCAGAUGAUGACCACUGUGCAAUGGGACACAUACGCGAGUGGCUGGAGCUUGGCUCACGUUGGUUAGACGAGAAUUUGUAG